AAAAAAAGUAUAGUAAUUAAGACGACGACCGAGUAUAUUAUAUAAUAUAUAUAUAUAUAGAUAUAAAUGAUGUUGAAGAAAUUAAAGAGCUAAUUAAGAAGGAGCAGCAGAGAUGGGGAACAAUAUAGGAGGAGGGAGGAAGAAAGCUAAGGUGAUGAAGAUCAAUGGGGAAACCUUGAAGUUGAAGACCCCUGUGAGAGCGAGGGACGUUGUAAAGGAAUACCCAGGCCACGUGUUAUUGGAAUCUGAUGCUGUUAAGCGACACGGCAUCAGAGCGAAGCCAUUGGAGGAAGAGCAAGAGCUGAAGCCCAAGAAAAUCUACUUCUUAAUCCAGCUGCCCAAGUUGCCGGAGCCGGAGGAGGAGAAGGAAAAGGUGCCGAAGAGGUCACAAUCCGGUGGAAUACACAUGAGUGCCAAGGAAAGGCUCGAGUGCUUGAUGCUGUCCCGAAGGACGGUUUCUGACCUUUCGUCGCUUUCGAUUCGUAGUAGACCGCCGGCGCCAUCCGGUCUCGUGUCCGACCGUCCCGGGACCAGUGCUACUGCCGGGCAAUUGACGGUGAAAAUGAGGUUGCCAAGUGCUCAGGUGGCCAAAUUGAUGGCUGAAAGCAGAGAUGAGGCGGAGGUGGCUGAGAAGAUCUUGGAUCUUUAUAGGGACCGUGCCGGAGAGGCUAACGGGAACGUCCCGGAGGGAAAAGAUCAUGAUGGCUUGUUGAUGCACCGGGAAGCGCCAUGGAAACCGGCUCUUGGUAGCAUUGGGGAGAAAAACAAAGCACAUAAGAAGCGAGUGAGUUUCAUUCCGGUGGAAGAAGAAUAGAUUUAGCAGUCGACUUUGUCAAAAUAUUGGGGGCAAGCAAACAGCAAUGCAACCACUAGCUUCUCUCUUUCCAUGUCAUUGUGUAUAUAUAUAUAUAUAUAUAUAUAUAUAUACAUAUUCUUGUCGAUUGUUUUGCUCUGAGGUCCUAAAAAUAUCCACUAUGGGUAGUAGUAUGGACAAAGUUUUCUUUGAAAGAAAGCGGGUUUCGAUAUGUGUCUAAAAUACAUGUGAUUUGCACUUGUGUUUUAUAAAUUGUAUGUAAGAAUCACAUGUAUUUUGAACAUGAUGCAUCGGGUUAAUAGACUCAAUUUAUAAGAAAACUUUGUUCUUUUAAGUAUUGGCGACUGGAUUGCAGUCUCAAAUUGGUGUCUCACUGCAUGUCCUCGAGACAAGUGUUAAGAAUGCUUGAUUCAAUAUAUGUAACAAAAUGUGUUUUAGUCUAA